AUGACUACUCCAACUUCAAUAACAACAUCAGAAACACCGACAAGUGGAGGUGCAGGCAUUCAGUCGAGCACCUCUAGUGCAGGUACUGCAACGUCGAAUUCAACAACUACUGAUGCAUCGGCAGGCACGGGAACCACUGGUAGCUCUGUUUCGACAGGCACUCCAGGGACAGGUCCUGCUGUUUCAGUAAGCCCUACUGCUCCAGUGAAUAGCACGGUUUCAUCAACAUCGACCUCAACGGUUACUACCACGGAGGGAACGACAACGCUCCCCAACGUCGAUGUCGAAUACGUAGAGUUCAAACGAAGUUGUACGGUGGAUGGUGAUUGCCAAUACACUCUCGUGGCUCCUCGUAAUGAUCAGAAGUUUUUGGCCGCUGAGAAAUCAUUGGUAGAUCAGGACAGGACCGAAGUUGCCAACAUAUCAAGUGUAGGUUCUUGUCAAAAUCGAGAAGGAAUGGUCUGA